AUGUCAUACGUAAUACUUUUUAUUAUUUUUUUUAAUUAUCCUUUCUUAAAAUUAAUGUCAUAUAUAAAUUCGUCGAACUUGAAUAUGUUAAUUAGUAGAUUGAAUGACAAAAGAUACGAAAAUUGCUAUGAACUCACUUUGAAUAAUUUCCGAUCAGUGAAUGAAACAGACAAAGAAGCAUUAAAAAAUAUUGGAUGCCAUCUUGUGUCAGGUUACAGAUUUUUAUAUKCAUUCAGUGGAGAAAAAUUAGUUAGCUUGUGUAAGUAUUUAAAUUUUUGGCUAGAUGAACAAAAGAGUAAACAUGUAAUUCGUAAUUCUAUUGUGUCUGAAGAAGAGUGGGAGAAAGUUGAAAAUUUGUGGACAAAAUUAAUGCAAGUACGGGCUGUUGAUCAUCAAUGUAAAAGAGAGCAUGAAGAAAAGGAUAUAUCCGAUUAUAGUACACGCAUAGAGUUGAUGUCUUACUGCAUAAAUAGAGAUUAUUUUAAAGGUUYAUGUCAAUCACCUACAGGAUCCGUGGGGUUUAGAUCACAAAAGUGUAACAGUUUUUCCAAUUAUACUAGUGAAUAUUAUGUUAAAUUGAUCAAAGGAAUAGACUGUGUUGAUAAAAAUAGUGAAAUUAUGAAUUAUAAAUAUCACAUUUCUGGUGAUUGUACUCUAUAUAAUAUUCCUAAAACAUUUCCUAAAUGCGAUGAAAAUACUCUAACUAUUGUAGAUGUUGACAAUWCUAAAACAGAUAUAAAAAGAUGCGAAAGUACUGCAAAUGUAGGAGUUGGUCACAAUAGAUUAGAUAGCAACAACCCUGGAUCAGUCCGUUUACCCGCUGUAUUACCUUAUGGUGAAGCUGGAUCGCUUGGUGUCGAAACUGCAUUGGUUGAUGGUGAAGCUCCAUCAUCUGAUGAUGAAACUAUAUCCGACGAUAUUCCCUUUGACUCUAUGCGUCUAACUCCUCCCUCAUCGACAGAAGUAACAUUAACGGACAAUGGUCCUUCAAAACCUAUCUACUAUGCUGGAUUAUCAGUAUCAGGAGUUUUUUUCACUUCCAUGGUUUUCAAAAAGAAAAAAUUAAGGCAAACUACUAAUAAACAUUUAGCUGAGCAGUGGCUGCAAAGAACAUCAGAAUAUAUGGACCUGAAUUCAGAAAGUGCCCAUUAUAAUUUUCCUUAUCAUAAUAUUCGAAAAUGA